CUUCCUGUCAAGUCCCAGCCUAUAAAAGCACAAGAUAUUUCAGUCCGUUCACCUCACUGACUCGUAAGUUUUGGCUUAAACCCUAGCCGCUCCAUUUUUUUUUUUCUCUCCGAGUGUUGUACUGGUGUAGGCUCUUCAAAGAUCCAAGAACAAUCCACUUUCGAGAUGGCUUUCUAUAACAAGGUUGGGAGCCUUUUGAGACAAGGCAUUUCCCAGAAUGGACAAGCACCAAUGUCAUCUAUGUUUAAUUCUGCUCGUUACAUGUCCUCCAAGCUUUUUGUUGGAGGUCUUUCGUUUUCCACUGAUGACUCUUCUCUCAAAGAUGCUUUUUCCGGCUUUGGUGAUGUGACUGAUGCAAAGGUCAUCAUGGAUAGAGAUACUGGGAGGUCGCGGGGAUUUGGAUUUGUUAACUUUGCCAGCGAAGAUGCUGCCAAUUCAGCCCUCACCGCUAUGGAUGGCCAGGAGUUAAAUGGGCGAAGCAUUCGUGUGAGUGUCGCUAACGAACGAACUGGUCCUCGACCAUCAUUUAAUGGUGGUUACCGUGGGGGUGACAGUGGCUUUUAAACAGUUGACGCAUGUGCUGUCUAUAGGCUUUUCUAUCUUCAUUUAUCUUUAGAUUUGAAGUUGUUUUGGUUAGUCGUGGAUUUUAUUAGCUAAAAUUCUGCUGGUUAUGUAGUUUGCUAUGUAAGGCCGCAGAAAGAGUUUGAUGGUGAAGGUUUUCCAUUUGCAUUUUAUCCGGCCAUAUUGCUGAAUGGUGUUUGUGAAUGAUUUUAUGAAACCUUCUACUAGGUUAUUCCAGUUUUAA